CAAAAAUCUCCCUUGACUCGGCUGUUUCCUAUAAAAUGCGUGUCCACACGUUUGCUCGUGUUACACAGAACAGAUUUUUGAAAUUCGAUUAAAAAUCCCGUCUAUGUUCUUGCUUGCCUCUUUCCAUACCUCUCUCACCGUCGAGCAAUUAAGAUCAUGCUUGACAGAGAUUUUUUCACCGAGUAUGGAGAAGCAAGCCAGUAUGAAAUUCAAGAAGUAGUCGGGAAAGGAAGCUAUGGCGUUGUCGCAUCCGCCAUAGAUACUCACACGGGAGAGAGGGUUGCUAUCAAGAAGAUGAACAAUGUCUUUGAGCAUGUCUCUGAUGCUACUCGGAUUCUACGUGAGAUCAAGCUGCUUCGGCUGCUUAAACACGCUGAUAUCGUACAAAUCAAACAUAUUAUGCUCCCUCCUUCUCCAAGAGAGUUUAAAGAUGUUUAUGUUGUGUUUGAGUUGAUGGAAUCUGACCUUCAUCAAGUUAUCAAGUUAAAUGACGAUCUCACUCCUGAACAUCAUCAGUUUUUCCUGUACCAGCUUCUUCGCGGUCUCAAAUAUAUACAUACAGGAAAUGUGUUUCAUCGAGAUUUGAAGCCCAAGAAUAUUCUGGCUAAUGCAGAUUGUAAAGUAAAGCUUUGUGAUUUUGGGCUGGCUCGCGUGUCAUUUACUAAUGCUCCUUCUGCUAUUUUUUGGACUGAUUAUGUGGCAACUAGAUGGUACCGUGCCCCUGAACUCUGCGGCUCGUUUUCCUCCAAGUACACUCCUGCCAUUGAUAUUUGGAGCAUAGGAUGCAUAUUUGCAGAGUUGUUGACGGGGAAACCUUUAUUUCCUGGAAAAAAUGUGGUGCAUCAAUUGGAACUCAUAACUGAUUUGCUUGGCACUCCUGCUGCUGAUACAAUUGCCCGAGUUGGGAAUGAAAAAGCUAGGAAGUAUUUGAGUAGCAUGAGGAAAAAACAGCCAAUUCCUUUCUCUAAAAAAUUUCCAGAUGUAGACCGAUCAGCUUUGUGUAUACUUGAGCGGUUGCUGGCAUUUGAUCCUAAAGACCGUCCAUCUGCUGAAGAGGCUUUAGCUGAUCUGUAUUUUGACGGGCUAGCAGAUAAGGAGCAAGAACCUUCAAGACAACCCAUUUCAAAACUUGAGUUUGAAUUUGAAAGGAGGAAAUUGACAAGAGAUGAUGUGAGAGAGCUAAUUUACAGAGAGAUUUUGGAGUAUCAUCCAGAGAUGCUGAAGGAGUACCUUCAGGGCACAGAUCAGACUCACUUUGUGUAUCCAAGUGGAGUUGAUCGAUUUAAGGAACAAUUUGCUCAUCUUGAGGAAGGAGAUGGUAAAAGUGAUAGAAACAGCCCCCACCACAGGAAGCAUGCGACGUCCUUGCCUAGGGAGCGAAUCUGCACAGCCGAUGAAACCGAGAAUACUGUAAAGCGCAGUACAUCUUCUCUUUCUCGUGCAGCUAAGCAGAGCCCCCAAAAGUCGGAAGUUACUGAAGAACUACAAUCUGCUAACCGAAAUGCUGUAGCCAUGCAGACCAGCUCUACCAAACCCAAGUGUAGCCCACGUACUCUGUUGAGAAGCGACAGCAUUUGCACUUCAACAUCUGUGGGACUAAUUGGAAAUGAUCGCCAGGUACAUGCUCUCUGAUCAAUAUUGGGAUCCUAUUUGCACAUCUUGGAGGGUAUCUACUGGAGGGUGGUUCAGAAAGCAUGAAUUUAUUCAGGUAACAAACUGCCGGAGGUUUUAGCAUAGGGUAUUACUUUGUAUGUUCCUCACUAAAUGUACUACCGCUAACACUUUUACUCCUUGUAAUCUCUAAUAAUAUUUGCAUAUGCUACAAAUGAUGUGAAAAUCAUGCCUCAAAAAGCGGGGCAUGAAGAAUGUACCCCCACAUGGUAUGCAUCUCCGGUUUAUUGUUACCUCUCUGUGCAGGGGAAAUUAAAUAGCUGGUCACCGGUUUAUUUUAGGUGACAGUUCCGCAUGUAUAAUGUUGUGCUUUUUUAUCAGACAAACUGAAAAUAGGAUUGCUUCAUUUUGCUGCA